AUGCUGUGCACAUUGCAUGGAGGGUUAGAAUUCAUUGAAGGACUGUAUUUCGGUGUUUUUUUGCAGGGUCGCUGCACUCGCGAGAACCCGAAAUGCAAGUAUCUGCAUCCUCCGCAGCACCUGAAAGAUCAGUUAUUGAUCAAUGGUCGAAAUAAUUUGGCACUCAAAAAUUUGAUUUGCACACAGCUGAACCACAGUGCUGCAGCAGCAGCACCUGCAGCCGCUCUGUCAACGAUGAGUCCGUUGGCGCAACUGGUGGUCGGUGGUCAAGCAAGUCCGGCAGCUCUCAACGAUCAGCUUCUGAUUGUACAGCAGCAACAGCAACAGGCUGCUGCCGCUGCUGCUGCUCAGGCUGCAACACUGGUCCCAGCUGCACUUCCUUAUCAGUAUUAUCAGGGUAUUACCACCAUGUAUCCAGCACUUGUGCCUGUGCCAAGCGGCGAUGCCGCCGCUGCUGCCUAUCAAGCGCGGUUCGUCGUCAAAUUCGAUUCCUAA